AGAAGCAAUACGCGCUAUCAGUGUGACGUAGACAUUUGAGGUAGGUCAGCACCUUAAAGCUAAACAAUCGCCAUUUUCAAUGCUUUUCUUAUGGGCAUUUAAAAGUUUUUCGUAUUUCUUUAAUGCUAGAAGUGUAGGAACAUUACUUUUACAGAGAAAUGAUAGCUAUGAAAAAUGCAAUGUCGUUUCUUAAAGAUUUUAGCAACUGAGCUAAUAUUUCUUUUUUCUUAAUUUGGACAUCAUAUUGAUGUAAAUUAUUAUGUGGCCUUUUAAAACUGAGGGAAAAAUGGUUUGCCACACUAAUGACAUUGGAUUUCUUCUGAAUGACGAAUUCAUGGGGUGCAACCGGCGCAACCCCAAUAAACGGGUUGUUUUCUGUCCCCCUCCCCCAUCACGAGGGAUGAAUAGCAGGUAUACGAGGGUAGAGGGUUCAGGCACAUACAUGGUUGAAAGUAGUACGGGUUGUGAGUUCUGUGCUUCUUUCGUGAGUGUCUUUUGUUAUCGUGUUUUUUCCGAUCGUUCUCCAUAUCUUCGUGUUCUUGAAUUUUUAAAAUUCUGUUUUUCCAAGACAUUAUCUCAUUUUUGUGGUACAUCAUUAGUAGGUUUUUACAUCACAACUAUGGGAAUGUGUUGGGCUCCAGAUUGCAAACACUAUAGUACUCGCGAUAAAUGCCAUUUUUUUAGUUUUCCUAAGUCGGGAAAAGAACGAGCACUAUGGAAAAAAUUGUUGAGAAGAGAUGUAGAACCCGGACCAGGAGCCUACGUUUGCAGCUGCCAUUUUCGGGAUGGAAGAAAGGAAAAUGGUCCUGAAUUAUUUUUGCACAAUAUCGCAAAAAGAGCCUAUUUUCAAGUGGAAUCUCCAGAAAAAAAAAAGAUGAAAAAACAAGGACUCCCUUCUUGUUCUAGUUCCGCUGAAUCAUUAAGUGUUGAUAUACCGGAAGAAACAGUACCAUCGACAAUGAAUUUAGAGGAAGUGCCAUCGACGUCUACAGCCGUAGUUGCAGCACCAGCAGAUAUAAUUCAAGAUGCUCCGUUAGAAUCUAUGGGUGUGCAAGCACCCUUGGUGUCACAUGCGGCUCUUGAAGCAGAAAUGUAUUUUCUCAAAAAGGAAAAUGCUGAACUUAAAGCAAAAAUACAAUAUCUGACAGUACGAUUUUGCUAUGAAAAUGUUCAAGGAAAUGACAAACUCAUUGUUUUAUAUACCGGUCUUCCCAAUAGCCAGAUUUUCGAAGCAUUGUUUCACUUAAUCGAAAAGUUGGACAUAAAAUAUUACCACAAAUGGACAGUCCAAAAGUUAACUAGAAUUGACCAACUCUUUUUAACCCUAGUAAAAUUACGACUCAAUUUCCCUCAACUUGAUUUGGCGCAACGCUUUGGGGUUGCCCAAAGCACAGUUUCUAAUAUUAUUUUAACAUUUGUCCAUGUAAUAUAUGAAAUUUUAUAUAAACAGUUUAUGACGACAAUGCCUUCGCGCGAAAAAAAUAAAUCUUGCUUGCCAACAUGUUUUAGCAAUUUUACUAAUUGUAGAGCAGUUCUAGAUUGUACCGAAAUUUUCACUGUGGUAUCACGGCUAAUUGGAGUUGCACCCAAUGGUGUCAUCACAUUUGUAAGUGAUUUAUACGUGGGAUCAACUUCUGAUCAAAAAGUUGUUUUAAAUUGUGGAAUAAUCGACAUGUUAAAAACUGGAGAUAUGAUUUUAGCCGAUAAGGGAUUUUUGAUCCAAAAUAUUCUGCCACCAGGGGUCACUUUGAAUAUUCCACCUUUUUUAUCAAAUGUCCAAUUUACACCAGAGCAAGUUAAGUGUACCGAAAAUAUUGCACGUGCAAGAAUACACGUCGAAAGGGCAAUACGCCGAUUAAAAUGUUAUCAUAUUUUAAAUUUUUUGCCAGAGUCUUUGUGCCACUAUGGAGAUAUUGUUUUUAAAGCGACUGCCGCUUUAACAAACCUCCAAUUUCCAUUAAUUAAAGAGGUAGCAGAAUUGUUUCAGGAUUGUGAUGAUUAAAAUAAUGUAAAAUAAAAACCAUCUAUUUAUAUACAGUUUAUUAUUGUGAAAUAAAGGAAAUAUAUUGGUCAAGAUAAAA